GAUUGUGAAUCAUUGGAGCAUUGCAUGCCAAGACCCUGUGCUUUAUUUCUUUGCUGUUUCGUCGCUACCUGAGCCAAUCUGUCUCUUCAUACUCAUCCUUGUAUUCUACUCAACGCGCAAGAUGACAGUCUCAAACGGAAACAGCUACUCUACAACUUUCGACAACCGGGUUGGCGGUACACCCAUUACCCGCGAUAAUGUCGAUCCUUACAAGGUGUCUGAACAUAUCCUUUGCGCCCCAAGAAAGCUCCGUAUUGGAUGUAUAGGAGCUGGAGCCUCUGGAAUCAUGAUGUGUUACAAGAAAGAGAAAGAAUUUGGAGAUUCAAUUGAUCUAGUGGUUUAUGAAAGAUAUCCCAAGCCUGGUGGUGUCUGGUACGCCAACAAGUACCCCGGUUGCCGCUGCGACGUUCCUUCACCAGCGUAUCAAUACCCAUUCCACCCAAAAGCAGAUUGGUCCAAAUACUAUUCGCCUGCGGCUGAGAUCCAAUCUUAUUACGAGUCGUUUGCGAGAGAGAAAGGUUAUGUGGAUAACUAUAUCAAAUUGUCUCAUCGCGUCGAUAAAGCAAAAUGGGAUGAGCCCAAUGGACAGUGGGUUUUGAGUGUCACGGAGACUACUAAUGGCAAAGAACGAACCUUUGAAGAUAGGGUUGACUUCUUGAUCGCCAACAUCGGCAUCUUGAAUACUUGGAAGUGGCCCGACAUUCCUAAUCGUGAGGCAUUCCGUGGACACAUGACCCAUUCAGCGGAUUACGAUACCAACCUUGAUCUACACGGCAAGACGGUGAUUGUCAUUGGAUCCGGUGCCUCUGCUAUCCAGAUUGUCCCAGCCAUCAGGACUACCGCAAAGAAGGUCAUCUCGUUCUAUCGCACGCCGCAAUGGAUCGGACCUGGCUUGGCCAUGGAUGGCUACACGGACUCUGAGGGACGAAACUUUCACUAUACCGACGAGCAAAAGAAGCAGUUCGCAGAAGACCCAAAGGCAUACUUGGAGCAUCGGAAGGCGAUGGAGACAAAGAUCAACGCGAGCUUUCGACAUAACAUCGCUGAUCAUCCAAGCCAGAAGAUGGCUCGCGAUUUCGUGGCUCAGAGAAUGGCCAAGAUCCUGAAGAAUGAUGACAAACUGACUCAACGACUGAUCCCAACAUUCCCCAUGGGAUGUCGUCGCCUUGGCCCAGCUGAAGGAUUCCUCGAGUCAUUCCACGAGGAUAACGUGGAAUUAGCCGAAGGCGAAAUCGAAUCAUUCACCGAAAACGGUCUGCGCGUUACCGAUGGAACAGAGUAUAAAGCAGACGUCAUCAUAUGCGCCACUGGGUUCAACGUCAGCUUCAAGCCGCAUUUUCCCGUCAUUGGCCGCGAGGACGUGUCGCUUGGUGAAGCCUGGAAGGAUGAUCCAGCGGCGUAUCUUGCGCUUGCUGCGAGUGGCUUUCCCAAUUUCAUGUUGGGUUCAUUGGGGCCGAACUGUCCUGCCGGGCAUGGGUCGUUCAUCACUGUCUUGGAAGCAGCGCAGAACUAUAUCUGCAAGAUCAUCAGGAAGAUCCAAACGGAGAAUAUCCUCACCAUGGAUGUCAAGCCUGAGGUUGUAGACGAGUAUAACGAACAUGUGCAUGAGUGGUUGAAGCGGACUGUCUGGGCUGCUGGUUGUCGUUCAUGGUAUAACCAAGGUCGACCGAAUGGCAAGAUCACGGCGCAGUAUCCAGGAUCUCUUGUUCACUGGCGGUUGAUGCUUGAGAAUCCGCGCUAUGAGCACUAUAACAUCCAGUACCGAAGCCGAAAUAGGUUUGAGUUUAUGGGCAACGGCUUCACGUUACCGGAAGUGGAUGGUGGAGAUUUGGCAUGGUAUUUGGAUCCAGAGUACAUAGCAAAGCCUCUUUUCUCAGAUUAAUUAUAGAUAGCUAAGC